AUGAUUCUCUUGCAGUCCCAUUCAAGAUUUCUCCUUGACAACUUGCUCAAUCGCCUCCAAAACAUCGAAAAAGCAGUGGAGGCGGACUACCACUGGGCCGAAUUCGAUGACGUUCGGUACCAUAUUCAGGUGACGAUGAAGAACCCACAUAUCUUGUUACUUUCUGUAUCGUUGCCCACUCCACCUCAAGAAACCGUGUUCUUGGGUGGGCUUCCGUCUGGAGCUAUAGAGGCUAUAAAGGCUGCAUAUGGUGCGGUUGUUCAAAUUCUUGACCCCCCAAGAGAUGGGUUUAAUCUCACAUUGAAGCUCAAUCUCUCUAAACUCCCUCCAGAUGAAGAGUACAAACAUGCUCUUUUGGUAAAGAUUGCAUCUGUAAGAGAAGUGGUGCUAGGCGCUCCAUUGAGAGGAAUUCUGAAGAAGCUUACUUCAAGGACUGUUGCUUCCAAUACUGAUGGGCUUGUUGCUCUUGUGCAUCGGCCAAACGAGUCCUUUUUCCUUAUUCCUCAGGCUGAGAAAGUGACGGUAAUAUUCCCUAUGAGAUUCAAGGACUCUAUUGAUAUUGUUCUUGCAACUUCCUUCCUGCAGGAAUUUGUGGAAGCAAGACGCAUGGCUGGACUUAAUACUGCCCCUCAUUGUUUGUGGUCUCCUACCCCUCCGUUAGAACUAAAGGAAGCUCCUGCUGAAGCACUAUCUGCCAAUGCAGGAUUUGUCACUUUUGUUAUUUUCCCUCGUCACGUGGAAGGCAAGAAACUGGAUCGAACAGUUUGCAGUUUAUCAACUUUUCAUGCUUAUGUUAGUUAUCAUGUUAAGGUGUGA